UGUUAAAGUCGCCGUCACUGUUAUUACUUUGCCAAACUUGCCGCCCGCUUCGUCUGUGUGCGUAGCUGGAGGUAACUGUGUGAAUAGGUGUUUGUGCGCUGUCAUAUCAAUUAACGUAAAAAAGCAUAGCGUCGUUUCCGGUGCCAUUGUUUUUGUGCUUCCUUGCGUGCUUCCUUUUCCUACGUUGGACCCGCGCCCUGCCCCAUCCCAUCCCUGGACAUUAGAACUAACGGAAUGACGCACUGGGAGGAUUUCUACAAUACACAUCUGCCGCCAGCAGAUUUCGAGGAUAAUCGCUCGUUGCUCAAGGAAUUCUGCGAGCGACAUAAUAAGCUACAGAAUCGCAUUGUCCUCGUCACGUCUGGAGGCACCACGGUUCCCUUAGAGCAUAAUACGGUGCGCUUUGUGGAUAAUUUCAGCGCCGGAACACGAGGUUCCGCGAGUGCUGAAUACUUCUUGGAUCACGACUACGCGGUCAUCUUUAUGCAUCGCCACAAAUCAUUGGAGCCUUUUACGCGCCACUUCACUGGUCAGCAGUUCUUCGAUAUGCUGGACAUUGCGGACAACAGCCAGAGCUCCACUAUAGCCAUCAAGCCGGACUCUGUCGAUGUCUUUGCGCCGGUACUGGCCAAGUACAAAAUAGCGAGAGAGACCCAAAUGAUUCUCUAUGUGAACUUCACCAGCGUGGUCGACUACAUGUGGCUGCUACGCGCAGCCUGCGAGUGUCUGGCUGCGUUCGAUGAGCGUGCAGUUUUAUAUUUGGCAGCUGCUGUCUCGGAUUUUUACAUACCCGAGGAUAUGAUGCCAACCCACAAAAUGCAAUCGGGAGAUGGCGCACCAACGAUUUCACUGCAAUUGGUGCCGAAAAUGUUGGCUCCGUUGGCCAGCUUGUGGGUGCCACAUGCUUUUGUGGUGUCUUUCAAGCUUGAAACGGAUGAAAAUCUAUUGAUCGUCAAGGCACGUGAUAGCCUCAACAAAUACAAGCACAAGCUGGUGAUUGCCAACGUCCUGCAGACACGCAAACAUCGGGUUGUGUUUGUAACCCCAACAGAUUCCUAUGAGCUGCAUUUGAGUCGCGAGCAGGCGCUGCAAGGACUAGAGAUAGAGGAGCCUAUUGUGGCCGAUGUGGUACAAAAACACGGUGACUUCAUCAGCAGCGCCGAACAGCGUCAAUGACCAAUGUCGAUGCGCCCCCGGCAAAAGCAACAAUACCAGCAGCAGCCACACCACCAGCAAAUCCAACAUAAUCAGCAGCAGCAGUAUCGCCAAAUGUCGACUGGCGGCAAUGAUGACACCGAAGUUGCCCCAACGGACUAUUGCGUGACCAGUUCGCAUUAUUGUCGUGUGCAAAAUCCGGGCACGCCAAACUUUAACCGCAAAUAUUGAGACGGUUGUAGCGCACAGAGUCCUUUUGCAUAUUUCUUGCGCUUAGUUUAAGGUACGCCUAUCUUUAUGGUUAACAUCUAUCUAUUUGUGACAACGUCCCAGUGGGACGCACCAUAAUUGAUGAUGGAUAGCAGUAUGUACUAUUAUUGUAGAAUUCUUUUUGUUUAUUUUAUUAUUUGUUUUGUAUUUGGUUUACUGUUGGAUCUUUUGAAAAAUGAUGACACCUA